UACAAAUGUGCGUUGCCGCUUAAGUCUGUUGUAUGCGACACUACACAAGUUUAUUUAUUAAAUUUUAAAUUGUUUGAUUUAUUAAAAUAGAAAAAGCAGAAAAAUGUCAGAACCUAGUACUACCGAAAGUGUGCUAAAGACUGCAAUGACUUACAUUUGUGGUGAAUGUCAUCACGAAAAUGAAAUGCGUCCUAGAGAUCCAAUUCGUUGCCGAGAAUGUGGCUACCGUAUUAUGUACAAGAAACGCACUAAGAGAUUGGUUGUAUUUGAUGCUCGUUAAAUAUAGCUGUUAACUGGCCUUAUAAUGGAUGUUUAUAUAUUUAAAGUAAAAAUAGUUUAAGAGUACCAUAUACACAUAAUAAAUAUUCUGUAAAUGAUAAA